AUGGCUGAAGAUCCUAAAGCUUCAGAUCAACACCAAAUUCUAUCAAUAUUUCAUGAUCACCAACAACCGCCACAAGGUCUCGAGGAGAAAGAUGAUAAUAGUGAACCAAUUAUUCGAAAGGAAGCGGAUGAUUGUCGAACACCGACCUCUCGCGAUCACAAGAUACCUACCAUUCAAAGCUGCCCAACCACACCAAGAAAAAAAGGACAAGCUUUUGUGCGCAAGAGGAAAUUAGCAGUGUUCGAUUUCUUCGAAAGCACCGGGCGUGAAGAGGUAGAGUCCUUCUUCCGCUCUUGCUUUGAAUCUCUUAGUCCUAGGGUUAAGAAGAGAUGUACCAGUAUAUGA